AUGCAUUUAAGUUCGGGAUUCAGUGUGGUGCAGCUUCCCCAUCGACGAGGGGCAAGCCAAGGGCUUUUUGUCUGUCGGACCGACCGUCCAUCCUCCCGUCCGAACUCCGAGCAUCGUUUGUUUGGUCCCUCAAAAUCCGCCACGUGGGGUCUGUCUUUCGUUCAGUCAGAACGUCCGAAUUCCUUCGACGAGACGACAGCGCUAAUCUGGAAAUCCUCCCUUCUGUUUCUUGCCCGGCGACAAUCUCCGCCGCUUCUUUUAGUAAUCAUGACGAAAUCCAAGCGCCUUGCAGAGAGGAAAAUAUCCAGGUUCGAGAAGAACAUUACGAAGAGGGGAUCUGUUCCAGAAACCACCACCAAGAAAGGAAAUGAUUACCCAGUCGGACCCAUUUUGCUCGGCUUCUUCAUCUUCGUGGUGGUCGGGUCAUCUCUGUUUCAGAUAAUCAGGACUGCAAUGAGCCGUGGGAUGGUUUGAUGAGGAUGCAGUCAGGGAGGCCCGAGAUUACUAGGCUUGAUAUAUGGUUCGCAUUAGGCUUAGUAUAAUUUGCGAAAAGUGCUCUGUUUUAUAUGCAUUUUGGCCAGUGAAAGUGCCGUGUUGAACAAGUAUCUAUUAUAGUGCUUCAUAUUUCUUUUC